UGAAAGAAAGAGAGAGAGAAGGGGAAAAAAAAAAAAGUACGGAAGACCGGGUAGUGCUUUUGUCGCACAGGAGAUGAGUAAAACGGGGUCGUUUACAGUGAACAGAACCCAAGAUAAAUUACUUAAUCAGUUCCUGAAUUUUCAAUUCUUCAUCAGAACAAUUUACAGGGUUUCUUGAUUCUUCUCCUUCCCAAAGAUUCCGUCUUCUUCUUCCCCAAAAUUGUAGCUCCGAAUUAGGGUCUCCAAUGGCAGAAGCUAUGGACACUGGAGAUGAAGUUAUGGAAAACACUAUUUCUUCUCACAUUAAUGAUUCCCUCGAGUCUACUCAGAAAGGCAAGGUAGGUUCUCCAGAAGACAUUGCUUGGGUUGAUUCCUGCCUGAUUAAGGAAUCUGAUAUUUCAGAUGAUAACUGGAAUUCUCUGAAAGCUGCACUAGUAGAAAUCCUCGAUUCUCAUCCUGAAUCACUCGGCUCUUCUUCAGGGAUAAGUAAUGAAUUACAUGGGGAAACAGACAUUGAGAUUCAUCCUUCUAGUGAGGAGACAGAACCAAAUCGCUUCUCUAUUAGGGAAGAAUUGGAGACAUUAAAUGAUGAUGUUCAAACCAAUGACAAUAUUGCAAUUAGCAAGAAGGCCUAUGAUUUGCAGUCAUUUACUUUUGAGGGAAAUCCCUUCUUGCCUGGUUACAAGGAUGAGUUGGGAGUGACUGAAAACCUUGAAUUAGGAGUCAAUAAGGAUUCUUGGGCACCUGAGAUCGAGCCUUCAACUGAGGAUAUAUUCAAGGUUUGGAAUUUGGAAGUUCCAGAAGAAGAAGAUGAACUCGUUAAGCAGUUGAACAACGCCCUUGAAGAAGUAUUGCCUCAAUCCUUACCAUCAAGUUUUGCUGAUUCCGAUGCACAUAAAAAUUUGGAAGAAACUUCAGUUAAUGAUCUGAUUGCUGGGAUUGCUGACCUUUCUUUGAAUCAAAUUUUCAGUUGAACAGUUAAUUGUUUGGUUUAGAUUUGUAUUUUCAUUAUUGUUGUUGUGCUCGUGACAGUUAGCUUCCUGUUGCACAUUUUCACUGAACAUAGAUGGGGCCUAAUUCAGUAUAGUUCAGCCAACAGUUUAUAGAUCAACGGAGUUUCAUGAUUGAAUUACCGAGUACUUUACCAAUGCAGUUCUGGAAGUUCCAUUUA